AGGUUCCGGAGCUCGACAGUGGCAGCGAAAGAAUCGGAACCCAAUACCCCGUUAUCCCUGCAAGUCCCCAACUUGUCCACCGGAAUCAUCAAAGCUCCCGACAUUGAUCGGCAAAGUCUGCUCCUUUUGUUGUUUUCUCAGCUGCUGAGCCGAGUUCGCUGGAGAAGCAUAAUUUUUUUUGCAGCCCUUUAACACCCUAGCUAUGGGUUUUUCUCUGUUUUGCCCGUUGGGUUCCCAUACAUUACUCGGGAAGCAUCGCAAUGGAGGCUUCGAGCUUCAGAGGUCAUCUAGUUUACUGAGGCGUGAUGUGGGUUUCAGCUUCUUGAAGCAUGAGACCUGCCCGCAGAGCAGGGCAGUGCUCUGCAGGUGUGAGCCUGCGGAUUUUGAGGAACGAAAGAGUGCGAAUGAGGAAUGCAGAAGUCUUAUUAUUUGACUAGUUACAUGGAGUUCGAUUUCGAUAUGUUUGGUAGAACAUGAUCUCUAUGAUCAAGUUUGCCCCGAUUGAGUCCACUGGGGAAACAACUGCUCCGUAUCCAAUAUGAGCAAGCCAGAUGAAAUAAGCACUGAAUGUCAUGGAAACAGGAAAAUUUCCUGUCAAGAGGAUUCAUGUCUUGGACACUGUUCAUGAAUGAUACCGCAUGAGUGAAAACUGAAUUUCUGUGGGAGUCAGGAAGGAGAUAGAGCGAUGUUAUGACCUCAUCAAUAACAUCGGGAGGGGAGUUGUUUACUUAGGUUCCUCCAGGAUGGGACCAGAUCACUUGCACUAUUCGCAGGCGUUCAAGUUGGCUCGAGAGAUCGCCAAACUUUUGGACUGUACUUCAUGGUCAGGGGCUGGUCCUGGACUCAUGGAUGCUGCCACAAAGGGUGCUUUGGAGGCAGGAAAGCCAGUUGGUGGAUUUAAGAUAGGUAAAGAAGCCAGUGAAUGGACGACCUCGAAUUAUCACCCUUACCUACCUUCAGAAUCUUAUCUGACUUGCAGAUUUUUCUCUACACGGAAGCACGGGUCAGUGGACGCUGCAGUUAGGAAAAGCAACUCUGACAGAGCUGCAGUAGUUGCUCUCCCUGGUGGAAUUGGAACGUUAGAUGAGAUAUUUGAAAUUAUGGCUCUAAUUCAGCUGGAGAGGGUAGGUUAUGAGCUUCCGGUUCCGUUCCUGUUGAACUACGACUCUUUCUACUCAAAGCUGUUGGACUUUCUUGAUGAUUGCAAGAGUUGGGGUACUGUCUCCGAAGGAGAAGUUGGAUCAGUGUGGAAGGUCUGUGACAAUAACUCUGAAGCUUUGGAGUAUUUGUCCGAGUUUUAGGCCCUGUUUAGUUUUAGAGUGUUAUUUUA